CGAGCCGCUCGCGAGGUCAGAGGGAGGCGGCGGCGCGUCCGGGCUAGCGCCUGCGCCGAGUGGGCCGCGCGCCGGAGCGGGGAGCCGGGAGCGGGGAGCCGGGGGCCGGGCCGCCCGCCUCGGCCCCGCCGGCAUGGAGGCGGAGUGCCGGGUGCUCUCCAUCCAGAGCCACGUCGUCCGCGGCUACGUGGGUAACCGGGCGGCCACGUUCCCGCUGCAGGUUCUGGGGUUUGAGAUCGAUGCUGUGAACUCUGUGCAGUUUUCAAACCACACAGGCUACGCCCACUGGAAGGGCCAGGUGCUGACGUCCGACGAGCUGCACGAGCUGUACGAAGGCCUGAGGCUGAACAGCGUGAACCAGUACGACUACGUGCUCACGGGUUACACAAGGGACAAGUCCUUCCUGGCCAUGGUGGUGGACAUCGUGCAGGAGCUGAAGCGGCAGAACCCCAGGCUCGUGUACGUGUGUGACCCGGUCAUGGGCGACAAGUGGAGUGGCGAAGGCUCCAUGUACGUGCCGGAGGACCUGCUGCCCGUGUACAGAGACCAGGUGGUGCCCGUGGCUGACAUCAUCACCCCCAACCAGUUUGAGGCCGAGUUGCUGAGUGGCAGGAAGAUCCGCAGCCAGGAGGAAGCCUUGGAGGUGAUGGACGUGCUACACUCCAUGGGCCCCGACACCGUGGUCAUCACCAGCUCCGACCUGCCCUCCCCGCGGGGCAGCGACUACCUGAUGGCGCUCGGCAGCCAGCGGAUACGGGGGCCUGACGGCUCCUGCGUGACCCAGCGCAUCCGGGUGGACAUGCAUAGGGUGGACGCCGUCUUCGUGGGCACUGGGGACCUCUUUGCUGCCAUGCUGCUGGCCUGGACGCACAAGCACCCCGAUAACCUCAAGAUGGCCUGUGAGAAGACGGUGUCGGCCAUGCAGCACGUGCUACAAAGGACCAUCCAGUGCGCACAAGCCCAGGCUGGGGAGGGGCGGAAGCCCAGCCCGGCCCAGCUGGAGCUGAGGAUGGUGCAGAGCAAGCGGGACAUCGAGGACCCCGAGAUCGUCGUGCAGGCCACGGUCCUGUGAGGCCGCGCCCGCCGUGGCGCGCAGUGUGUCGGCGUCCCCGGGCCCGAGACUUGUGUUGUUGUCCCUCGUAACCGGCCUCGAUCGUGACACGUGCCAGCCCUGCUUCGUACGACACAGCAGUCACAGCCACCCGGGAUGGAUUGGGAGGCCCCGCUCCCCUCCGCCGAGGCUCGGGCCCCCUGGGAGAGCGGCUCCGUCCCUCUGCCUGGGGGCGUGGCCGGGGGGGCGGCCCGCUGCCCGUGUGCUCGCGCUGGGCCGCUGACUGCCACCAGAUUCCCCGUGCCCCCUGGGCUGGCGCCUCUGGGCGUCGAAGGCCCCGCCCAUCUCGCCUGUCGUCUGGUCGUGCCCUCUUUGUCUCUGUCGAGUUCUUGUUUGUCUGCUGCUUUCCCAGGCCCCUGGGGGUCUCACGUCUCACACAGUGGUUUGACUGAAGGGAACCAUUUACCGUCUGUCCAGGUGCACACAGGCACCGUGGCCACACGGACAGGGACCAGUGAGGUCAGGUGGGUCCACAGCCUCCCCGGGGGUCGGCGCCGCCUCCCGUGUGUGCCCGGGGCUCCCCCAGUGGGGGUAGCGCUGGGCCUGGGUGGCCGUGAGGGCCUGGGGAGGCAGCCAUGGGUGUUCACCUUGAACACCGAGCCUGGUUAAUGGUGCUGCGUGUUGGCCACUGUGUGUGUGUGGAGGCAGGGACAGUGGACCGAGGGGCAGUGUCCCCACUCCUGUCCCCUCCCCGCAGCUCCGUGAUCUGUGCCAGCUGCAGGCAGGGAGGUCCUUCCUGGCAAGUGACGGCACUGGCGUGGUACGGGUGGGGCAGCCCUCAGACCCCCAGAUAAAGGCCGCAGCCACAGCCAGGCAGGGCCCAGGGUCUGGGGGCCCUGACCCUAGCAUCCCAUCCCCCAACCAGAGGUCUACAUCUGGGAACCCACAGCUGGGAGAGACAUGGGGAGACAGCAAGAAGUGGGGCCCCUGUGGCUCCACGAGAGCAGACUGGGGGUACCCCUGCCCCCCACUGCCAGCCCCCACCCCACCGCCUGCACCUCUCCAGGGUGUGCAGUUCCAGGGUCUUCCAGAAGCCCACCCACCAGCAGGGCGUCCUCCUCUGUUGGCAAAGGCCCUGGAGCAGAUGCUGGGGCGCCCUGAGUCCUCCCUCAAGUGCCCCAGGCCGGGCAGCUCCUCUCCGUGGCCACCCAGUGGAGCCCAGUGUGCGGGUCCCCAGGACACAGGGCUGGCUCCUUGGCGCCCAGCUGCUGGGCCCCACCAGGCCCCCCAACCAGCAGGAGGAGGGCGGCAGUGGCCAGUGCCCUGGAGGGAGGCAGCCUCCCUGGAGGGUGUGGUGAGCGCAGGGACCGGGCGGACGACACAGGGCCUUGUUGGGGAAGAGCCGCUGAGGGCGUGGCCACGGUGCCGACUUCAAAGCACAGGUAUCUUUUUUUUUUUUUUUUUUUUCUAGUAUCAGGAUCAAAUCUAGGACUGGAACAGAAAUGUCUUUGAGACGCUGAGGCUGGGGUAGGGGCUGGCGCAUGCCGAGGCCUUGCGGGACGCCUGCCUCCUCUCGGAGGUGGGGUCCCCGUGCCUUGGUUCCUCCUCUCCCCUGCGUUACCCGUGGUGGCACCAGGGUCGUGCCCUGCACUCCUGCAGCACAGCCGCAUGUUGUCCCCUUUGGCCAUACAGCCCGCGUGACCAGGAGGGCUGUGGCUGAGCCAUGCGAGGGGCCGGGGCGACACCCGGGUUUCUGGGAGUGGGUGGUGCCUUGGCAGCAGGCAGGACUCGUGCAGGAAGAGGAUGUCGGGGACUGGGGACCCCCAUGCCCCAGGCUCGUCUCCCCGGGGAGGGGCACAGCCCCUCCACUGCAUGUGGGCCCCAGCGACCGUGGGCACGGGUGGGCAGGGUUUCAGAUGCAUCUGGGAUCCAGGUGACUGUUCUGUGGCUGAGUGGCGCGUGGGGGCCGCGCCUGCCUGCUACUCCCAGGUGCAUAGCCGCCCAGGCUCUACUCCAGCCGUGCACGUCUUGUCCCUUGGACUGCACGUGCUCCUUUUAAAACUGCACCAGUCCCACCAGGGGGGCUGUGCCAGGGAGUCCCGGCACCAGGACUGUGAGAGGCGUGGGUGAGCACGGCGAGCGGCGGGCUGGAGCCACCCCAGGACCUGCACCCUCGCGGGGCAGAGCAGGCACAGGCUGGCGCAGGCUGCCGUGGCGUGGGGAGCAGCUGGCCGGGCUCCCCGCGGCGUCCCACUGUUGGCACCUGGCUUCCUCUCUGGUAGGAGGCGAGCAUGGUCUCGCCACAGCUCGGCUCCCCCUCUCCUCUAGCAGGACCAGCUGCGUGUGGGGAGGGGUCCACACUGAUGCUACCCAGCGGUAGCACACGGCUGCCUGGAUGGCCAGGAGUCCCCUUCCUCCCGGGGCUUCCCAAGCCCCCGCCUGGGCCUGGACUUGAGUGGGCAGUGUGGGGUCUGUGCGCCUGGGCCUGGACUUGAGUGGGCAGUGUGGGUUCUGUGCGCGUGGGGCACGGGAACUUCGCUCUGAGUGCCCCCCCCCAGGUGGGUGUUGGGGGGAGCCACGCACCCUGCCCCGAGAGGAGGAGCUGCUGAAUUUGUGUCCCGCCACCCGGCCUAGGGGCCCCCCUCCCCGCCGUCUCCUCUGCAGUUCCCUGUACUAACACUCCCAGCAGAAAGACCCAAGCCUCCCUAAGCAGGGCCCUAGACCUUGAUGCCAGCUGGCCUGGGCGUGGCCACAGCCCCCAGGACUCCUGGCACAUGAGCUGCGGGGGAGCUGGGCGUGUGGGGUCCUUGCCGCAGGUGCAAAGGGUGCGGCACACCUGUGUCCUGGGGACAGUGUGGGUCCUGCGUCUCCAGGCUGGGUGCCAGCAAGGGUCAGCCGCCCUUGUGGGGAUUUUUUUAACUGUACAUCUCUGUUAGAUCGUGUGCUCGGUGCCCCGCCCCGGCUCUGCAGGACAGCUGCCCGGGAGCUGCUGCUGGCCUCUCCCGCCCCAGGCUCGGGCCCCUCUGUGGUGUAUGUGUCCCUGCCGACUCCGGUUCACUCUGGGUGCAGGAUGUUCUAGAAUGUUCUCUGUCCUUAAUGUUCAAAGACAUUAGUUAUAAAAUGAAGUCUUAUAACGCAGAUUCCUGCCUUCCGUGACGACGUGUGUGUGUGUGAAACAAUUCAACAAGUAACUUAGACCUGACUUAGUGAAUGUCUGAAAACUAUAUUCAUGGGAAGUUGUUCUGGAGGUGUGUUCUGUUUUUUUAAAUUCUGGAAGAAUAAACAGGUGUUUUUGAAGUUUCCCGCUGUCUGGGCUGAGCCAGGACCCUGUCCUCAGCAGGGCGUCCGCGCUCUCCCUGGCCCCGGCCUCGCCCCUGCCCCCUCCCUCAGCUCACUGAGGGGACCCCGUCUCUGGUGGGAGCAUCUUCAGGCCCUGGGGCUCCCUCCCUGGCUGGGGGACGUCACUGUCUUGAAGACGGAUGGCAGGGGCAGAACCAGGUGGGUGGGCACACAGGGCCGGCCAUGGGCUGGGGGUGUCAUUCGGGACCUCUGCAACUUCACAGCCUGGCAGGUGUCACCCAGCGAGGGGCCGAGGCGCUGCCUGGAGCCCGGGGGCUUGCCCGGCUCCGGCAGCUCCAUGCGUCUGUGUCUGUGCACGUCUGUCCUGUGCUGGUCCCGUGCCGUGUGCGAUGAGCCACAAAUAAAUGUUUUCUGGUGA